UGAUCAUGAAUUCUUUCCUCUUGAUUCACAGGUGGUGUCUAUGACAGACUGCGUGUAUGUUGUUCAGUUUGUGAUCUUGAAAAUUGACGUUCUUUCAUGGCAUGUUUUUGAUAAUGAAAUGCAAAUCUGCGGUGUUUUUAUUUUGGUAUCAUCACUAUGGCACACAAUGGACCCUUAACAAGUAUAAUUUAAUACCUGUAAUGCAUAUUCUCAGUGUCAUUAAGGAAGAAACGCUGAGAAGGAAUCUUCUCUUUUACGAUGGAAAAGAAGCAAGUAGUAAUACUUGCUAUCGUUGCAUUUAAUGUCGGCCGAUUUUGGACCUGGAUAAUCAAUUCCCCUCUGAAACCGCAAAAUAUCGUUCAUGAAGCGAAGCAAAACCGACCGAUUCAACCUGCCGCCCGUGUAUACACGGGUGAGUUCAACCUCACUUUGCCUUUUGUUGAACCGAAGCUAAGUUCUGAGGAAAGCAGCCUCUAUCUCGCUGUAGUAGUCAACACAGGUGCUAAUGAAGAAAAACAUCGGACGUUACGACAAACGAUUCGUAAAACAUGGGGAAAUACAAGUGAAUCAUUGGGAAAUGUCAAGAAUCUGAAAUGGAAACUUUUCUUCGCCUUAGGCAUCGCUACCAACCAAUCUUAUUAUGCAGCUAGCUUACAAGAGGCACGUGAUCACAAUGAUGUCAUCAUAGGCAAUUUUUCGGAUACCUAUAGGAACGUUGUAAUGAAGACCUUCAUGGGCCUCCUUUGGUCUGCUACAAAGUUAUCAUGCAAAUUUGUUCUGAAAACGGACGACGACGUUUACGUGCGAGUUCCACAAUUGAUGACGUGGUUGGAAAAUACGGGUUCUCCAAGGUCAUUCUACGGAGGAGUGAUCGGUAUAUUUGAUGUCAUUCCUCGCAAUCCCAAAAGCCAAUGGUACAUACCUUAUGAGUUGCAUGAUAAAGAAAAAUGGCCGCCAUGGUUGCAAGGCGCUUAUACUGUAUUCUCUAGUGAUACCCUUCCUAGAUAUCUUAUAUAUACCUACAGACGAAAGCCUUUCCACACAGACGAUGCUUACCUUGGCGUGGCUUCGGAAGAUCUUCAAAUAAAAGCCGUCCAGAUUCCAGGCUUUGUUAUUGAACAUUAUGAUUUUGACAGGGUGCGGUCGAAUAAAGAACUGAACGAGACAUUAACUAUAGGCCAUAGAGUGAAGCCCGACUUUAUGAUAAAAUACCAUAAGUAUUAUCAAAGCAUUUGCCUCCACAGGCAUGACUAAGAGUCACGGGCCUCCUGUCUUUUUCUGGGAGCCAGAAGAGGGAGAUUGGGAGCUAAUGGAAUUUUUAUUAGCGAAAUUCUAUAUUAGAGUAAAUGCUCCUAGGUGUGCUUUUCACAGGGACCCUAAAAGAUAGAAAGCGUCAAGUUGCAGGCGGAGGUGCAGGGCGAGGGUGAUAUUAGAGGGCAAACGCUAUAAAGCUUGAGAACCAAAUAAUGCUGAAUACUUACAAUAUAGUGCCAAUGAAGUAAUAAAAAGAUGAAGGAAUUCGCACAAUUCAGUGUAAUGUAAAUGUGCAGGUUUAUAUAUAUUGUUAUUUCA